CUCGGGGCACGGGAUUUCAAAUCACUGGCUGAACUACGGGUCUCUAUGCCUAGAGACUAUCGCAUUCUUACAUACCGAAGCGUCUCCCGUCAUGUUGGUAAAAUGUGGUCGUUACCAAUUACGUCCCAGUGACGUCAAUUGGUGCAUAACAGAUCCCAAGGCGUCCACGCAGCAUCGCUUGGCCUGAAGCUGAAGCUGAAGUGGAUUGCUGCGUAUACACUUGGCAGGACAACAAUCUUGGACUCAUGGGAGCUGACUUUGGACACUAGAUUACCACCAGUCACAGCUGGUGGUGGCAGGCAAGCAAUGAAUCCAUUCUCUGAGGACGAGCUGGCAGAGGCAGCACCACCGCGGCCAGCUGACAGCGGCGCCUCGCCUCCUAUCGCCAUCGACGACAUAGCCCGCAAGCUGCUGCGUGAGAACUUCUACCUCACGGCUCUUGAGCUUCACUGUGAGCUGGCCGAGCUGGGUGCUGAGCUGCCACGCCUGCGCAACUUCUUUUCCAACCCGGGCAACUUUGAGCGGCAGACGCCGUUCAAGCCCGAGCUCAGCGGCCAGCUGGCGCGCUCCUCGAGCCAGGCGACGCUGGACUCCAUCGACCUGAGCCGCUUCUCGGAGGACGGCGAGCGACUACUGGACGAGCGGACGGCGCUGCUGGAGUUCGAACUGCGCAAGGCCCAGGACACCAUCAAGUCACUGCGGGCCAACCUCACGGGCGCCACAGAGCUGAGCACGCCCGACCAGGGCGGCGACCGGCCGUUCUCCGAAGACGAACCCAUCAAGCCGCACGAGCGGCGCGCGCUCAACUUCCUCAUCAACGAGUACCUGCUACGCCACGGCUACAAGCUCUCCUCGAUCGCGUUCUCCGACGAGAACGAGGACCAGGAUGUGGAGGACUGGGAUGAUGUGGGCCUGAACGUGGCCAAGCCUCCGGAGCUGCUGCACUUCUUCCGAGAGGGCGGCAGCCGGCCGGCCGAGGCGCCGCCUCCGCCGCCGCCCCCGCUGCCGCCCCCGCUGCCCCCGCCGGCGGCUCCGGUACCAGCACUGGCCGAGCCCGGCACGGACGCCGGCUGCCAGACGGACGAGGACCCGCUCCACCAGCAGCUGCAGAACGACAUCGCCUUGCUGAUGGACAAGAUACAGCUGCUGGAGAGUCAGCUGGCGGGCGCGCGCACGACGGCCGCCGACUCGCCCUCCGGCGAAGACUCGCUGGAGAUAGAGCUGGCCCGCACGGAGAGCCAGAACCGCAUCAACUGCCUGCGUCUGGCCAGCCAGCAGCCGGAGCGAGAGCCGUCGGGCGGCGCCAGCCCCGUGCCGGCUACCUUCCGGCGGGCCGUGCUGGCGGCGUGUGUGAGCGAGCCGGCCGUGGCCGCCGACGAGGCCGUCCAGCGGCUGCGGCACGAGGUGGCCCAGCUAAGCGGCUCGGCCGAGCAGGCUGUGCUUCAACUAGCCCGCUGCCUGCCUCACAUCGUGCCCAACGUCAUCCUGGCCAAACGCGAGGAGCUCAUCCCGCUGCUGCUGACUGCCAUCCAGCUACACCCCGACAUCCGGCAGCGCGACCAGCUGCUCAACCUGCUCUUCAACCUGAUCAAGCGGCCCGACCAGCAGCAGCGCGCCGUCAUCUUGGCUGGGUUCCGGUCGCUGGUGUCGCAGCUCUGUCCCGGCCGGCUGGAGGAGGAGGUGCUGCCCCAGUGCUGGGAACAGAUCAGCCACAAGUACUUCGAGCGGCGUCUGCUGGUGGCCGAGGCCUGCGCCGUGCUGGCGCCCUCCAUACCGCCGGAGCUACGCGGUUCGCUGGUCUGGUCGAUGCUGCACCAGAUGGUGACGGACGAGAAGGAGGCAUCGGUGCGCGAGGCUGCCGUCAGGGGCAUGGCCGUCGUGCUAGUACAUUGCGACGACGACGACAAAUUUUCUCAGGUGUGGGACCUGACUGCGCGCCUGCUGGAGGACCGCAGCGAGCCGGUGCAGCGGGCCGCCGCCGACCACCUGCUGCCGGUGGUGGCGCGCUGGGCCGGCCAGCUCGACCGUCUGGCAGAGAGGCUCAUACCGCACGCGCUGGUCGCCGCCCGCCAGGCGGCGCAGAGGCAGCCGGCCGACUGGACGGUGACGGUGUGGCUGCAGGCGCUGCACACACUGCUGGAGCACGCCUUCCUGGGCGUGGUCGCGGCUGGGCCGCACCUGGACAGGGCCGAUGACGACGCCAUGGGAAUCGCCGACGGCCGUCUGCCGCCGCCGGCCGGCCCGCUCAACGACCUGGAGGUGCUACACGGCGACGGCCGACGGCUGCGACACAUGGUGGCGGCCUUCGACAGCUACGUCUCGCAGGAGUGGCACCAGAUGUGGCCCGCGCUCGAAUGGAUGCUGACAGAGUGCGUUCCGGAGCUGCUGGCGUUGGCCGAGACGCUGCCGCUGUCGUUUCCGGACGCCGUGUACGACAUGGCGCUGCUGCUGCGCCACCUGGCGCACCUGCUCGGCCCCACCAUCACCGACACAAAGCUGUGGCCGUGCUGCGAGUCACGCCUGCGCGGCGGCAGCGGGGAUGACCCACCGCCAGGCCUGACGUCGGCCUUGCUGCCGGCCGCCUGCGCCGCGCCGCCUGUCGGCUGA